AUGAGCUUUUACCAACCAUCAUUAUCCCUUUACGACAUUUUGAAUGCAUUGUCCAACCAAGGUGGCCUGAGAGAGCAGCAGGAACCUCCCCGUCAAACGCAAAGGCCACAGAGACACUAUCCGCAUCACGGUCAGUCACAUGCUGGCGGACACCACCCCCAUCACCACCACCCACUGUACAACAGGUAUAACGGCCCUCCCAGUAGCUAUUACUACCAGUUCCCGGGACAAGCCCAUUACUACAGCCCGGAAUACGGCUGCGAUGAUGAAAGCGGCUACGAGGAAGACCAAGACGAAGAUAUGGUCGAUAACGGGAGAAACUACGGUGAAGAGCAACAAGAAAGUGGCCGCUCCAGGCAGUAUCCAUCCUACUACCACAGCAACGCUGCGAGGAACUACAGUAACGACCAACAGGCGAACAGUUUGAACGACUUGUUGACUGCUUUAAUUGGCGUUCCACCUUAUGAAGAAGUUGAACCAGAGGUAGAAGCAAAGGCUGUAGAGAAGGAAAAUGAAAACGGGAACGGGAAUGAGAAUGAGAAGCCACAAACAUGGGCACCAGGUGAAAAAUCCGAGGAACCAAAGGUGGAAACGUCAGGAAACAAUAACAAUCCUCCUCCAGAGAAACCGGAAGCGUCCUCAAAACCACCGCUAAAUAAGAAACGCUCAUCUUUCGCUCACUUGCAAGCUCCAUCUCCGGUUCCUGACCCUUUACAAGUUUCCAAACCGGAAGGGAGAAUGGACUUGCCAUUUUCACCCGAGGUGAACAUCUACGAUACCAAGGACACUUACGUGGUUGUUCUUGCGCUACCAGGCGCCAACUCUAAAGCGUUCCACAUAGAUUACCAUCCCUCCUCUCAUGAACUACUUAUCAAAGGUAAAAUCGAGGACAGAAUCGGGAUUGACGAAAAAUUCCUGAAAAUCACAGAACUGAAGUAUGGUGCCUUCGAAAGAACCGUCAAGUUCCCUGUCUUGCCUCGUAUCAAAGACGAGGAAAUCAAAGCGACCUACAACAAUGGUCUACUACAGAUCAAGGUCCCCAAAAUCGUCAACGAUACUGAAAAACCAAAACCUAAAAAGAGAAUUGCCAUCGAAGAAAUACCUGACGAAGAAUUAGAAUUUGAAGAAAACCCCAACCCUGCUGAACCAAAUUGA